AUGCUAAACUGGCUUGCACCAGCAGCGAGCAACGGCUCGAACCAUGCGGCCGCCGACGCCAAGCCAGGCGAAGAUGAUGACACCCUGGUUGUCGAGCCGGAUCAGGGCAACGUGCUCACUCACAUUAUUUCCCAGCUCCGGCCGGGUGCCGAUCUUAGUCGAGUAGUCUUGCCUACCUUCAUCCUGGAGCCUCGCAGCAUGCUCGAGAGAAUCACCAAAGGUGUCAAGAAACCCCUCAACCCCAUUAUUGGCGAAGUCUUCAGCUGCUACUGGGAUCUGCCAGACAGCACGCGGGCCUACUACAUUGCCGAACAAACCUCCCAUCACCCGCCCAAGUCGAGCUACUUCUACAUGAUCCCCGACCACCACAUCCGCGUCGAUGGCUGCCUGAAGCCUCGCAGCAAGUUCCUCGGCAACUCGGCCGCCAGUCUGAUGGAAGGCACCGUUACCCUGACCUUCCUGAACAGGGGCAAGGACACGGCCAAGGGCGAACGGUACAUGCUGACGCAGCCCAACAUGUACGCCCGCGGCAUUCUGUUCGGCAAGAUGAAGUACGAGCUCGGCGAUCACAGCUUCGUGCGCUGCCCCGAGCUUGACCUCGUGGCCGACAUUGAGUUUAAGACCAAAGGCUGGGUCGGCGGUACCUACAACGCCAUUGGCGGCUUCAUCAAACGAGAGAGCACCGACGAGGUCUUCAGCCCGUCCGUACGGCCCAUCGAGGAACAGGAUGAGCGCGAGUCACAGAAGCUCUGGCAGGCUACGGCGCAAGCCGUCCGCGAGCGCAAUCACGAACUCGCCACCGACGAGAAAACCAAGGUCGAAGACAUGCAGCGCGAGGAGCGGGAGAUUCGGAAUCGGGAUGGCGUUGAGUGGCGCCCGAGGCUCUUCAGGCCGGUCAACGGCGGUCCCGGCGGUCCCGAGGAGGGAGAGGAGGACCUCGAGUGGAUCAUCAACGCCAACAUUGACGGCGAGACACCCGAGAAGCAGGCUGAGCAGGUCCUGGCCAUUUAUCCCAUACUGCCCGGACAAAAGGUCUCUUCCGAGAACCAGAUCCCGCCGAACAAGCCCGCGGAAAACCAGCCAAAGGCCACGGAGGCAGCGACACCUCCGCCUGCAACCGAGCCUACGCCUGCUGCGGCUCCCGCAGCAGCGCCCCAGAAUGAUCUCAUCGAUUCAAGCCACUCCGAGACAGCAGCACCCACAACCCAGGCUGCUGCUGCUGCUGCUGCGGCCACGACGGCGCCCCAGGUGACCAGACACGACUCUCAGGAUAUCGCGGGCAUGUUGAGUAAGACGGGCAAGCCAGCGGCAGAUGGGCCGCUGAUUGACUUUGUCGGCGAUCUCAAGAAGAACGUGCCCGACCUGAAGAGGGCCGACACAAGCGAGGAUGACUUCCAGGAUGCGCAGGAGAAGUGA